UUGCUCAAUUCAUGGCACUGAAAAUAACAAUUGGGUUCUACCACCUUUUCUUCCUAAUAAUUCUACAAGUUAUCAAUGGGUUUGAAGGACAAAAGGGUUUUGAAGAUCUUGAUAUAGAUCAGCAACUCAAGAUUUUGAACAAGCCAUAUAUCAAAAGCAUUAAGAUUGAAGGAGAUACAUUCGAUUGUGUCAAUAUCACAAAGCAACCUGCUUUUGAUCACCCUUCACUGAAAGGCCAUGAAAUCCAGAUGAACCCUAGUUCAUCCUUGAAAGACAUGGUACCUGCAACUUCACCAUCAACCAAGAAAUAUGUUGGAAUAAAAAUUACAGAUUGCCCAUUUCAAACUGUUCCCAUCAGGAGGACACUCAAGGAAGAUUUAGUGAGGCUUAAAACGUUUAUGAAGAGCGCCAGAAUGAAAAAUGUUCAUCCAAACAUUGCAAGGCCUCCUGGUUUCCAUUAUGCAACAUUAAUACUGCGAAGCAUUCCAAGUAAAAGGUAUUUUGGAGGCCAGACAACUAUCAAUAUACAGAAUCCAAGCGUUAAAAAUGGCCAACUCAGUGAAGCAUUCAUGCGAAUUCAAGGGGGAACUGCAGAUUCCAUUCAAACAGGAUGGAUGGUGAAUCCAACGCUACAAGGUGAUAAUCUCACUAGACUGUUUUCCUUCUGGACUAGUGGCAAAAGUGGUUGUUUUGAUAUGCUAUGUCCGGGAUUCAUUCAAGUUGACAAAGAAAUCUCUCUCUCCACUGCAUUUCGCAAUAUCUCUGUCUAUGGAGGCCAACAAUUUGAUUUCAACUUUCUUGUAUUUCAGGAUGUAGAAAGCAGGAAUUGGUGGCUUAAAGUAGGUGACAGGCAUAUAGGCUAUUGGCCAAAGUCCCUCUUCACUUAUUUAUCAGGGUCAAGUGUUACGGAGGUUUUAUGGGGCGGAGGGGCAUUCAGCAUCCCGAAGGCGAAUGUUACAAGUCCAGCCAUGGGAAAUGGUCAUUUUGCAGAAGAAGGUUUCAAGAAGGCUGCCUAUGUGCAAAGUAUUAGAAUUGUAGACGAAUUCAACACACUCAGGCCUCCCGAUACGCGAUUAAUGCAAUUAUUCAGUGACAACCCUAGUUGUUACACCAUACGUCCUUUUAUGGAUGCAUUUAGAUUCCUAUACGGGGGCCCCGGAGGAAACUGUGGACUGUAAUGUAACUGGCUUUUUAUGAAAUAAAAGUGGUAAUAUUUAAAUGGA